CCUGGAAGACCCGUCAUUGUUGUAAACAUUUCACAUUUAUACGAGUGCAGAGCUGUUUAAUUAAAAAAAAAUAUUAUUAUACACGCAUUUAUCGAGAUGGUGCGGAAUUAUAUAAAAAAAAGUGGACAUCAGGAAUGAAGUGAAAUUUCUAUGGCUAAAGCUAUAACUGAAGUUGUAGAUGGAAAUGUGGGUCUGAAAGCCGCUGCUAAAGCUUACAACGUCCCUCGAUCGACUCUGCAACGCCGAAUUAAAAUUUAUAAAGUCAAUUCUAAUUUAGAAAUGAGUAUUGUCAAACGUUUGGGAAGAUAUGAAACUGUUUUUAGUCCGAAGCAAGAAGAAGAUUUGGUAAAAUAUCUAAGAGCAAGAAAGUCGCCUGUCUGGAUUAACCACCAGAGAGUUGUGUGUAUUGGCAUAUCAACUAGCUGAAAAAAAUGGUAUUGAUCAUCCUUUCCGAAAUGGUAUGGCUGGUCGUGAUUGGUGCCGAGCUUUUCUCAAACGACAUGCCAAAGUUUAUCGAUACGCAAGCCACAAUCUACAUCUAAAUAUCGUGCUAUUGGUUUUAAUAAGAUUGCAACGAACAAUUUUUAUGAUCUAUUAGAGGCAAUAAUUAAUUUAUCACCAGACCGAGUAUUUAAUGUUGACGAAACCGGGGUCACAACAGUUCCUAAGCACCAAUCGAAGAUUAUAGCACCUAAAGGAAAGAAGCAAGUUGGUGUUCUAACUUCAGCAGAACGAGGACAGUUAGUCACGACAGAGAUAUGUGUAUCGGCUGCUGGUACUUUGUUACCUCUGAUGUUUGUACUUCCUCGGAAAAAGCUGCCUGCUCGACUAUCUGAAAUACUCCUUGAUGAUUGUUGGGCUCAAUGUCAUUCUAGUGGUUGGGUAACUCAGGAAAUAUUUUUUAAAUGGUUUAUUUGGUUUGUUAAAACUGUCAAACCAACAAAAGAAAAGCCAGUUUUGUUAAUCUGAGAUGGACACACGACACAUACACAAAAUUUAGAAGUUAUAGAUUAUGUCAGAAAACAUCACGUUAUCAUGCUGUGCUUACCUCCACACUGCACGCAUCGGCUUCAACCUCUCGAUGUAAGUGUUAUGCGACCAGCUUCGAUAGCUUACUCUGAUGCUGUUAAAAAGUGGUUGAGGGAGCACCCUGGUCGUGUUGUAACGGCUAACGAUAUACCUCGAAUCUAUGGUGAAGCUUUUAAGUCUGCUGCAAAAUCCGAAACUAUCAAAAAUAUCUUCAAGAAAACUGGAAUCUGGCCGUUUAACAGAUCAGUAUAUUCAGAUGAAGCUUUUGUAGCUGCUGGUACAUCAACUCCCAAGAUUUCAUCAAGCAAUGCGUCUACUGCUACUAGCACUGCAAUAGAACAAGUUAAUGUCGCCGAUGAAAUGACCAAUGAUUCUGAUGACGAUGGUGCUAACGAUGCGGAUGAUGACGAUGAAGAUGACGGUGGUUGUGGGCUUGGAAUGCAGCGCCUUAGUCAAAGUUUUAGUUCAAUCUCAGUAAUGGCAGACGAGAUAGAUAAUUCUCACACUCAUUUAGAUGGGAAAAAUAUCGAAGAAGAUGAGCAACAACAAAAUGAAAAAAUCGUGGCUCAUUCUUCAAGAAUGACUGCUGACGAAUAUGAGCAGCAAUUUCUUCUUGAAGCUUAUGAAGGUCAAGAUUUUCCAGAUUCGGAUGAGGAACCAGAGAAGAAAAGAAAGUUGGAUGGUUUUAAUAUUUCACCUCGAACUAUUUUUCCUUUGAUGGAAAACCCUACGACUCAUAGCAAUUCACGGCGUAAAAGUACAGCAGUUCUUACGAGCUCACCAUAUCGGCAGACACUUGUGGGCAAAAAACACCAACCCAAGAUAAAAAUACUGGUCAGAUCAAUCAAAGGGAAGGGAAAGGGAAAGGAAAAAUCGAAGAAGUCUGUGGACGAUACAGCUUGUAUUUUCUGUAGGAAAUUAUACUCUGAUUCAGUCGAAUCAUGGAUUCAAUGUGGCCAAUGCACAAAUUGGGCUCAGGAUUCAUGCGCUGGAGUGGAGGGUAAAGUCGUUUCUAGGUAUACUUGUAAUAUUUGUAAAUAAACAUUAAUAAUUAUUAACCCGCUUCUAUAA